AUGUUUCCCACCGGAUCAGAGGCUCAGGACUGGCAUUUGGACAUGCAGCUGACUAGCAAGGUGGUGUUGACCGCUGCUGCGCUGCUCCUGGUGACCGCAGCUUACAGACUCUACAAGUCUAGGCCUGCCCGGGCCAGACAGGGGUGCGGAAAUGCCAAAGCCAAAGCUAAGGAAGAAGCGGAGGACUCAGAGCAGCCUGCUUUCCAGGGUACUCCUCCAGCGACUCUACCAAGGAGGCCAAGACGAAGGAAGGCCAGCAAAGGGGUGGGAGCCCCACUUGACUGCAGCUGGGAGGACCCAGGAGACCCCUGUGUCCUGGUCACUUCCAGAGCAGGGGAGUCCACAAGAAAAGGCUCUGGUGAGGAGUGGGGUGGGCAGAACCCAGACUCCCAGCAGGUGCAUCCUCCCUGCGGUAGCCAGGAAGCCGGAACAGCUGUUGGAGGUAAGCCCAACCCUGCACAACUCCCUGAUUUGGGCAGGGAAACCACAAGCUCCCCAGCCAGACUUGCUGCUGCAGUGGGAGGCAUCUGCGUGGGUAGCAAGCCUGGUUCAUGGCCAGAGGGCCGAUCCCAGGAACAACCAGAGUCUGGGGAUCCAGGAGACCUUGACCCCUGGACUAACCCCUCUCCAGACAGCAGUGACAUGAACUGGAGCUGGGUCAGCAAGGGAGAGGCUGGGGCUCUCCAGGGAGAGGCUGGGGCUCUCCAGGCUGUGGCAGACAUGGGCCUGGCUGUGCAUCAGCAGGAAGGAGCCACCAGUGCCUCCUACACCUUCUUGUCCACGGCCCAGAUACACAUGGAGGAAAUUGUCAAACAGAAGGUGCAAAGCCCACAGCCUGGGCUAAAGGGCAAGGUAUAUGACUAUUAUGUGGAGUCUAUGUCUCAGGCUGUCUCCAGGCCAGUUGCCAAGACAGCAACUCUGACUGAUGCUCCAUCCCUUGGACCAGUACUCAAGACCCCAGGAAAAGAAGCAGCCAUCAGAGGUCAAGCUGACAACACAGGGGGCACAGCUGAAGCACUGGCCUCCCAGCCUGUACCAACCCCCUCUGUGCGGGGCUUCAGCAGGAAGGUGAGUCUCCUGCAGAUUGCAGAGAACCCAGAACUCCAGUUGCAGCCAGAGGGCUUCAGGGCCCCCGCUCCAGUCCACCCAGAACAGAGCACCCAGCUCAGCUCAUCCUGCAGCCAUGGGGAACCCCACGUGCAGCUUGUAGCUGGAACCAACUUUUUCCACAUUCCCCUCACCCCUGCUUCAGCCCCUAACGUCCGCCUGGACCUGGGCAAUUGCUAUGAGGUGCUUACUUUGGCCAAGAGGCAGGGUCUGGAGGCCCUGAAGGAGGCUGCCUACAAGGUGAUGAGUGACAACUAUCUCCAGGUUCUUCGCAGUGCAGACAUCUACCGGGGUCUAAGUGGGGCAGAGCAGGAGCUAAUCCUCCAGCGCCGGUUCCAAGGCCGCAAGUGCCUGGUGGUGGCUGAUGUGUGCCCCCAGGAAGACAGUGGCUGCCUCUGUUGCUAUAACGAUGCACAGGACACCUGGCACCGACUGGCCCAGUUGCCCCUGGAGGCUGUGUCCCAGGGCUGUGCAGUCUCUGCUCUCUUUAAUUACCUAUUUGUGGUGUCAGGCUGCCAGGGGCCCAUGGGCCAGCCCUCCAACCGUGUCUUUUGCUACAACCCCUUGACUGGGAUCUGGAGUGAGGUGUGUCCCCUGAACCAGGCUCGGCCUCACUGCCAGCUGGUGGCCCUAGAUAGGCAUCUCUAUGCCAUCGGGGGUGAGUGUCUGAACACAGUGGAGCGUUAUGACCCUCGCCUGGACCGCUGGACCUUCACCUCGCAGCUGCCCAACGACACAUUUGCCCUGGCACACACAGCCACAGUGUGUGCCAAUGAGAUCUUUGUCACUGGGGGUAGCCUGCGCUACCUGUUGCUUCGGUUCUCAGCCCAGGAGCAGCGUUGGCAGGUAGGCCCUACAGGGGGCAGCAAGGACCGCACAGCGGAGAUGGUGGCUGUCAAUGGCUUUCUCUACCGUUUCGACCUCAACCGUAGCCUGGGCAUCAGCGUGUACCGCUGCAGCGCCAGCACCCGGCUCUGGUACGAGUGUGCCACAUACCGGUUGCCUUACCCAGAUGCUUUCCAGUGCGCUGUGGUAGACAAUCACAUCUACUGUGUGGGCCGCCGGCGCACACUCUGCUUCCUGGCGGACCACAUCUCCCCCCGAUUUAUGCCCAAUGAACUGCAGAGUUUCCCUUCCCCUCGGGGCACCCUUCUGCCCGCUGUCCUGACCUUGCCAGCCCCAGAUGUGCCUCAGACCCCAGUCUAGCAGCCUGCUGCUGGUCUCCUUGUGAGACACCAAGGUCCACAGCUGCUGCCCUAUCCAUGGCUCCAGGGGCUGUCUCUGGGUAAGAGGUGGGCAGGAACUUGGUCUUAGAAUGAAAAGAUGUGUCUUCCCUCUGUCAAAGGCUACAGGAUUUUAGGGGAAUCUUCACCCUCCAAGGACUGGAGGCCUGCUACAUACAAAGAAGUCAGGGAUCAUUAUCCAAGGCAGCAGGCAUCCACAGCUGCAAGGGUGACUGCCACCUUGCCUCUGAUCUGAAUUCCUGAGGGGCCAUCUUAGAACCCCAUCAAAGCUCAGGGGCACAGCUUUACCACGACUACAGUUUCAGGUGCCAGGAGACCCCUAUGGUCCCUCCGGCUGGUUGGAUUUCUGUACCCCCUCCUGAACCUUGGUCACACACCAUCUUUGAAGUUCCCAGAUGCAUUGGGGAGCACGUUAUGAUAACCGAGGUAGGUUUAGGCAGGAGCAGGAAGGAGCCCAGGGUUCCCCUGGGAUUCAUCCAGACGAGUCAGUUGGAGGUGUGACAAGAAAAGCUGGGGUACCACAGGGACCCCUGCUUGCAGGGCGCAUUAACCAGAGCCCACUUUUCUUUUUUUAAUUACCUGGAGUAUGGGCUGUAAGGAGAGAAACAUCCAUCUUUAGCAAGAGUUCUACUAAAGAUGCAGGCGAUUUUCUCGGGAGGCAGGGAAUAUAGAUGUGGUCCAAGACUCCCUUCCUCCCAGAUCCAGAUGGUACCCACCAUCACCUAAACACAGCAUACUUUUCAGGGUUCUAAACCCUAUCUGCCUAGAAGCCGGGGCAGCCACGAUCAGUCAGGGCUUCUGUUACCUUCUCUGAAUCCUGUGGCCACCCGGUCUGCCUUAUCAGAUGGGGAGGAAUUGGAGGUGGGGGCAGGUCCAGGAUGGAGCUGAGGCGCUAGAAGAUUCUAAUGGAGCACCCAAGUCUCAAUCUCCUUUCACAUCAGAGAAGACCCAACCUCCGGAAGAUCCCUGUUCUUCCAGGAAGGAGGGCAGAGAUCCUGGCCCAACCUAUUACCACACCUACCAUGCCCUCCAUCUCUGAGGGAGGCACAGACGUGGGGAGGAAAGAAGCGAAGCUCUUGGUGUCAGUCAGGAGGCAGGAGGUGGGACUCACCCCGGGGGCAGGGCCUGGCAAGUGAGAGGAUAGCAUCACUCUCUACCAGUGUCCCUGUAAAGUCCUUCCUAGAUCCCAAGGGGUGUCAGGCUGCUGGAGCUGAGGCUGGGGGCUCUUUUGGAAGAUGCAGGAUUAGAACAUAGAACGAGGAGGAAGUUGGCACAGAAAUGAGAGAAGAGUUUCUUUUUGACCACAUAAGUUCACCAUCCCUGGCUAAGGACUUGGGAGGAAGAGGCAGCUGAGUUGGUUGUCAAAUUGGAAAAACUGAGUAAGAACAGCCUGGGCCCUAAUAGGUCCCUGAGGAGGGAAGCGCCCCUCUAUCCCAGCCAAGGCCAUGUUCAAUACUCAAGCAUGAAUCACUGAGGAGCAAGGAUAGGGGGUGACUUCAGUGAAGACUCAAAGAGUCUUUGGCAUGGUGAUGCCAGGCUGGGGCAGGGUGUACUUGAAGGUGCCCCCAGUUCUCAGGCAGAAGGCAAGACCCUAGCCAAGUGGGAUGGAGUCUAGGAUAGGUUCUAGGCCCAAGAGAAGAGGAACUAAGCCUCUGGUCAGGUAUAGGCAAGUGAUUACAGGGAAAAGGCAACAAAAUAUGUUCCAGACUUCAGUGAAUGGGAUGUGGUGAAAGAAGGCUGAGAUUGAGCUCAUCUGAGCCUCACAGGCACAUCUGCUAUGCCUCCCUUGUGUUCCUGUGGCAGACAUUACUAAUCAAUUGUCCUAUCUUUUCCUGAGGAGACUUUAUAAUGGCCUUAGAAUUGUUCAAUACUGUAUCCCAGCACUCACGGCUAAUAGACCAGAACCGAUAUGUAUGAACCAUUGCUGGCUUGGGUCUCUGGAGCUGGGUUUGGGGAUGGAAGUGGCUAGGGGCAUCGGGGAACCUGGAGGGAGCAUGGUUGUCGGGAUCCAUCCAUUCGCUCAUGAAAUAAACAUGUGCAGGCUGUUCGAGCCAGGCACUGUUCCGAGGCUGGGAGAAAAGCAGAGCCGUGUGCUGAUAGAGCCCAUAUCACUAGUGGAGGAAAGUAAGACAUUUAAUAAAGUAUACACAGAAAGGCAGAAAUUGAACCCAGGCUGUAUAAGCGCUGAGGAGCAUAUGAUCAGGCCUCCUGAUGAGAUGGCAUCCGAGGCGGGAUGGAGCAGGGAUGGGGAGCACAGAGCAGGGAGAGGAAUGGCUUUCCUACACAGGCUGAUGACCAGGGUUGCCUCGCAGAAGCACCCUGGGGUGAAAGAAAGGCAGGCCAUUAUGAUUCUGUCUUCGGACUGAGGGAAAGCUCUCAGUGGCACCAACAUUUAUGAAGCAGAAUCUUUGUACAGAAGCAAACUCUGUUCCCCAGGGAGAGAAGCAGUCUUGGCAUUCUUGAGGGUGAGAGCCAGCAUCAUCGUCAGGGGGUCACAGACACCCGUGCCUGAGUGCGCAGCUGGGGGGCAGCCUGUUGGUACCUGCAACCCACGCGGCCAGAGUCUAGGAUUUCACUUGACCUUGUGAAGCAGCCUGGGGUCUGUCAACCUCCUGCCCUUCAGCCUCCCCGUGGUUUUCCUGGGCUGGUUCUUUGCAGAUCGUGUCUUGUUUUUCUUCUAAGAGUUCUUCUUCUUUGGGAGAAAAACAAAAGCAAGUUUGGUUUCUUUCCACUUUAAGCCAGCUGUGCCCCUUAUAGAAAAACAAGAAUUGGAAGAUAGAGAAUUGGAAGAUAGAGAAAAGUAUUUUUUAAAUCUCCCCAAUUUUGCCACCUGAAGAUGUCUCCUGCUGGGGUGCGUGCCCCCCGGGCCUCUUUCUUCUGUUUGGCUUGGUUUUUUGUUCGGGCGUGAUUAUGCUGAGCAUACAAUUCCGUCGCUUCCUCUGCACACGGUGCUUUUAGAAAAAGCAUCUUGUAGUGUUAUUACAAACCCUCGGUAAACAUCAUUUCAAUAGUUGCACAAUAUUCCACCGAGUGAACGCUCACUCGUUAUUUAAGCAUGCUCCCCCUGUGGGUUUUUCUCCCAGUUGGUUUUUUGUUUUGUCUUGUUUUGUUUUCCCUAUCAUAAAUAA